GAAGUUGCACGGUUGGUGCAAGAUGGAAUCAGGAGCGGCAUUGUGCAGCCACUCUCCUAUACCGCGUUUUCGAGUGAGAAAGCUGAAGAGGCAUUUCGUUUCAUGUCGGCCGGCAAACAUAUCGGAAAGGUUUUGAUGGAAAUUCGGCAAGAGGAACCGGAACGAAUGUGCAUACCAUCACCAAUCAAAGUGCGCGCUAUUUGCCGAACAUUAUGUCAUCCAAAUCAUACGUAUCUUAUAACUGGUGGCCUUGGUGGUUUUGGCUUAGAACUUGCUCAAUGGCUCAUUAACAGGGGUGCUAAAAAAUUGGUGCUGACUUCUCGGACGGGAAUCCGUACCGGUUAUCAGGCACGGUGCGUUCAUUUCUGGCGCCGAACCGGAAUAUCGGUCCUCGUUUCGACGCUCAAUAUUGCGAAGCUGUCCGAUGCUCAUGAGCUCAUGUCUCACUGCACUUCAUUAGGUCCAAUUGGCGGUGUCUUUCAUCUUGCUAUGGUGCUCCGUGACUGCCUAUUUGAAAAUCAAAAUGUACAAAAUUUCAAGGAUGCUGCCGAAGCGAAAUACUGGGGGACGUUAAAUUUAGACGCAGCAACUCGGAAGGCAUGCGGCAUAGAACUUCGAUGGUAA